AUAUUUGAACACAGAAGAAAUGCUCUUAUCUCCUACCUUUGUCAAUCCCAUCUCCAUCUCCAUUUCCAUAUCCUUCGCUCCCACCAUUAACAGGCGUGUUUCCAUCGGACUCAGCUUCAAGCGUAGAGCUUCUUUCGUCGCGAACUUGUCGCCGUCGUUUUCCGACCGGAACAAGCCGUCGGUUCACUACCAUACUCUCAGAGUCUUGGAAUGGGACAAGCUCUGCGACUCCGUCGCCUCCUUCGCCCGCACUUCCCUCGGCCGCCAAGCCACCAAGGAGCAACUCUGGUCUUUGGAUCAGAAUUACGAGGAAAGUCUGAGGCUUUUGGACGAGACCAAUGCUGCUGUCGAGAUUAUCAAGCACGGUGGUUGUUCCUUGGAUUUCACCGGCGUUGAUGUCCUUCUGGUGCAAUCUGCUAUCCGGCAUGCUCGGAGGACUUCACCGGUUGAGGGGAGUGAAGCAAUUGCUGUUGUGUCUCUCCUAAAGUAUGCUGAUGCUCUGCAAGUUAGCUUGAAAGCCGCACUCAAGGAAGAUGCGGAUUGGUACAGAUGUUUCAUGCCUCUGACAGAAGUGAUACUGGGGUUCGUGGUAAAUCGGUCAUUAGUUAAGUUGAUACAGCAAGUUGUUGAUGAAGAUGGCUCUGUUAAAGACUCUGCGAGUUCUAACGUAAAGAGAGCCCGUGAACAAGUACGGACACUGGAGAGAAAGGUGUAUCAGCUGCUGGACAGCCUAAUUAGAAACACAAAGAAUGAUACAUCCUUAAUGGAAGUGUGUAACAUUGAUGGCAGGUGGUGCAUAAAAUCAAGUGCCUAUCAACAGACAAGUUUUAAUGGUCUUUUAUUGUCCAGUAAUUCAGGCGUUGGAAGCAUUGUAGAGCCACUCUCUGCUGUUUCUUUAAAUGAUGAGUUGCAACAAGCCAGGGCAUCAGUGGCUAAAGCCGAGGCAGAUGCACUCUCAAUGCUAACAUCAAAGAUGCAAAAGGAUCUUGAUGAUAUCGAGAUGCUAUUGCACAGUAUCAUCCAACUGGAUGUGGUCAAUGCCCGGGCAACUUAUGGUCUUUCAUAUGGAGGUUCGUGCCCCAGUAUAUUUCUGCCAAAAGGAAACGACAAUGUUACUGCUUCUAUCUAUUUGUCAGAAAACAAUGUUUCGAACACAUCGUUACCCAGUAAGAGGGAAUGGGUGUUGUAUAUGCCAAAAGCUUAUCAUCCUUUGCUACUCCAGCAGCAUAGGCAAAAUUUACGGAAAGCCAAGAAGGAUUCCAAAAAUGCUUCUGCGGUUGCGGCGCUCGAACAAGCACGUCCAGUUCCAGUUGAUUGUUUUAUAGCAGAAAAAACUCGAGUUUUGGUUAUAACUGGUCCUAAUACUGGUGGUAAAACUAUUUGCUUAAAGACAAUAGGAUUGGCUUCUCUGAUGGCAAAAUCAGGCCUUUAUGUUUUAUCUUCUGAAUCAGUACAAAUUCCUUGUUUUGAUUCUGUUCUUGCUGACAUUGGUGAUGAACAAUCCUUGUCCCAAUCUUUGUCAACCUUCUCCGGCCACUUGAAACAAAUAAGUGACAUUCAAUCACACUCAACUAGUCAGUCACUAGUACUACUAGAUGAGGUUGGUGCUGGAACAAAUCCCCUAGAAGGAGCAGCAUUAGGAAUGUCACUGUUGGAAUCUUUUGCUGAAACUGGUUGUCUGCUGACUAUAGCUACGACACAUCAUGGGGAACUUAAAACCCUGAAAUACAGUAAUGACGCCUUUGAAAAUGCAUGUAUGGAGUUUGAUGAAGUGAACCUUAAGCCAACUUACAAGAUUCUCUGGGGAGUACCAGGGCGUUCAAAUGCAAUCAACAUAGCUGAAAGGUUAGGACUUCCAAGCAUAGUGGUGGAAAAGGCUCGUGAACUGUAUGGUGUGGCUAGUGCAGAGAUAGACGAGAUCAUACUUGAUAUGGAAAGGUUAAAACAAGAAUAUCAAGAGCUUUUAGAGGAAUCGCAGCAUCAUCUAAUGCUCUCGAGGGAUCUUCAUGAAAAACUUUUGGUCGUGAGAACAAAAAUCAUGAAACAUGCCGCUGAACAAAGGUCCUGGAAGAUGCGUGUCAUAUCUGAGGCUGCUUCAAGGUCACGUUCUAUCCUUCACUGGAAAGUGCGAGAACGUCGUGAGUCGGCAAUUCGACCCUUGAACUUACAGACAGCUAAAGCUGAUCAUAAAAGCAACCACGAAACAGCAACCAGCUCCCAGAACACCCCUUCUGAUGAAUCUCCAAAAGCAUAUAGCAAUUCACCCUCUGUCGCUGAAGAUGCCAAGCAAUCACCAUCAGGAAAAUACAAGCCCCCCAAGGUUGGUGAUAUGGUAUAUAUUACUUCCCUCCGAAAGAAAGGAACAGUUCUAAGAGUUGAUCAAUUUAAAGAACUUUUAGUUCAAGCUGGUAGUAUGAAGUUGAAAUUGAAACCGAGUGAUAUUGAGACGUAAGCGGCUCUGAUAUGUGCAUAUGUAAAUGCAUGUUCACAUCGACAGGCAGUUUAGAUGGCGUGUCAUCUCAUUCCUUUAUCUAAAUUAUCAAAUUAUUAACAAUGAGUUUAGACGUUGUUAACUGUCUUGUAAAGCAUGUGUAAACUGUGGGGAUAAGAUUAACGAUUACGACAUGAAUCAGAAACUUGGUUUUUGAACAGAAAGUUGCUGAAGAAAAUGGAAAA